GUCCGCCAUGGCGAGCAGAAGCAGCAGCAGCAGCAGCGGAGGAGCCAGGUGGUUAGGGGCGUGGCUUGGGGCAGGUGUGGGCGCCGCCCAUUGGAGGAGGGCCGGGAGGAGGGCGUGGCCAAGUGGGACGAGGGGGAAAGGGCGGGCUGCCUCUGCUUCUCUCUCUCUCUCUCUGGUUACAGGUGAGUGACGGGGGGCGUGGCCAAGGGCAGGUGGGCAGGUGAGGCGCCGCCGCGGCCCGGAGCAGACGCAGCAGCAGCAGGGCUGGCCUCCAGCCUCCUUCUUCCUUCAGCGAGCGCUGCCUUCCCGGGACAAGGAAAAGAUGGGAGUGUGACUGAAAAGACUUGGAAGGAGGAUGGCAGAUGGCACAGAUGCCAAUUCUCAAGGACAGGUGAGGCAAUGGGAAGCCCUGAAGACGACUUGAUCGGGAUCCCUUUUCCCGAACACAGCAGUGAGCUCCUGGGACGCCUGAACGAACAACGACGACGGGGAGUGCUUUGCGAUGUCACCCUCCGGGCCCAGGGCUCAGAAUACCGGACCCAUCGGGCCGUGCUGGCUGCAUGCAGCCGCUAUUUCCAGCGGCUCUUUGCCGGGCCCAGCAUGGGGGUCUGUGAGCUGGAUUUUGUGGGUGCUGAAGCGCUUGGGGCCCUCUUGGACUUUGCCUACACAGCUACCUUAACCAUCAGCACAGGCAGCCUUGGAGAGGUCUUACAUGCCGCCCGGGUACUUGAAAUCCCAUGCGUCAUCGCAGCCUGCGUGGAGAUCCUUCAGGGCAAUGGCUUGGAAGCCCCUGUCCCCGAUGAUGCCGCCCGAGAGCGUGCCAGGCGCUACCUGGAGGCCUUUGCCACCCUGCCCAACGUUGAAGGGGACCUGCCCGAGCCGCCUGCCUAUCCGGCUCCCCGCCGCAGCAAGAAGACCCGUAAGUUUCUACAAGCAAAGGGUUCUCGCCUCAAUAACCACAUCAUGGAGCUCUCCCCUUCGCCAUCCCCUUCCUCAACAGGGACACAGGAGCGCCCAAGUCCACCCAACCAGGCCUCUCCCGCACCAGCCCUUGGCCACUCCCGUGAGGAUGAGGAAGACAUGAUGACACCCUCUCACACCUUCCCAUAUCCAUACACUCUGCACCCCUCUCCAGAGGAUCUGGGUUCAGACGAAGAACCCAUCGACCACGACAUCCUCCCUUUCCUGCGCAAUCUGAACCCCGAGGGGCUCUCCCCAAGUCUUGACCCUCCAGAGAAGCUGGUACGCAAGCGCCGCUCUCAGAUGCCCCAGGAGUGCCCUGUCUGCCAUAAGGUCAUCCACGGGGCUGGCAAGCUACCUCGGCACAUGCGCACCCACACCGGGGAGAAGCCAUUCGCCUGUGAGGUCUGCGGGGUCCGUUUCACCAGGAAUGACAAACUCAAGAUCCACAUGCGGAAACAUACGGGGGAGCGCCCGUAUUCCUGCCCGCACUGUACCGCUCGCUUCCUGCACAGCUACGACCUGAAGAACCACCUCCACCUGCACACAGGCGCCCGUCCCUAUGAGUGCUGCCUUUGCCACAAGGCCUUUGCCAAGGAUGACCACCUCCAGCGCCACCUGAAAGGCCAGAACUGCCUGGAGGUGCGGACGAGGCGCCGGCGGCGGGGCCCCGAGCACAACUCGGCUUCUCUUCCACCUGCAGGGAUCCCUCCAUCUUCUGCUGACCUCGACUUGACCAAUGGGCAGAUUGAGGGGCUGCGCCUCUCACUUCCCCGCAGCUACUGGGAUCAGGGCCGCACUGACUGUGCCCUCUCGCCUGUCCCCAACGAAGAGGAAGAGGAGGAGGAACAAGGAGAAGAAGGGAUGCAGGAGGACAGGCCACCUGCCAUAACCAUGGUUUAGGGCCCAAGUCUAGACCCCAGGCCUGCCUUGUUUGGACCAUUGCUGUGGCAAAAUUUUCCGGGCCCAGAUGCACUAUCCCACUCCCUCGCCUUCCACUGUGCUGUAGCAAUGGAGACUGGGUGGAGGAGCCAGGUUAUCAGCAGGGAGAUGCGUGCUUCCCCUUCCCAGUGCGCUGACUCUGUGCCUUGAGCAGCCUCUCAGUUUGGCAGUGGUUGGGCUUCCAGCUAUGCACCAAAGCAGGUGGGGUGCGGGAAUAGUAAAAUGAGGGAGAUACGUGUGCACUCAGGGUUGUAUGCUAAGCAAUAGAACUGGGGUAGUACUGUUUCGGAGUGAAGGGAGGGUCCCCGAUUACUUAUGUGUCCCCCCCAUAAUAAAAAAGGACUGUAUUGGGACAGGGAGGAAUGGUUGGCAGCCCCUUAGGUUAGAUCCUGCAUUUUGGGGUAUUGCUCUCCCAUGUGAGGAAGAAAGGCAGGAAGAGGGGGGUGUUGGAGACAGCUAAUUAAUAAUAAUAAUAGUAAUAAUAAUAAUCCCAAUUUGGGGUUUGACAAGCUUUAAAAGUUCUCAAGUCUGUCAGAACUCCUGCGUUCUACUCUCACUUCCAUCUCCCUCAUGACCUGAAUACAGGGUUUUGUAAAUCUUUGAAGCAUAAGUAGGGGGGGGAAAGAUGCUUUUGUCCUUCCUUUGGGGCUGGCACGAGCCUUUUUGUUCCAAGUUUGGGGCAGAGAUUUCGUAGCCAGGCUGGACAGGACAGGUUGCAUUCAAGCUGCAGAUCAUGUUUUUGCACUGACAAGCCUUGCUUGUCCUUGCUGCUCCCUAGCGGCACCAUUGCAAAAUGCAAUGGGCUGAUCCCAGCAUCCUUGACUCACCCCCCUUCACACAAAAACCAGGGAAAAGGGAGGGCAUAUUUAGCACUUGAGAGAGGGGAGGAAUAGAUCUCCUCUUGAUCUGAUCAACUCAUCAAUCUCAGGAUUUUUCCCCCCACUUGAUAUUUUUUAUUCCACAAAAAAGGAUCCUGGGAAGAUGGAGGGAGUGGAUUGCACCCCUUCCUUUUACUCACUUUCACUUGCUUCAUUUUGUCUUUCCCCACCCCAUUCAUUCGACACCACUUUAUUGCACUAGAGUUUGCCAGCAAUCUGCGGGGUGGACUGGCAACACGGCUUGGUGAUGGGUUUGGGAUCACAUUGGCACAUUGACUUUUGUGCACCCCCACCCCUUGUUUGCACAUUCCUUGGGUCCCCCCCCCCCAAAAUGCCUCUCUGGAGGGGCAAAAUUGGCUACCUUGCUGUUGUUUUUUAAGUGCGGUAAGAUGGCCAGUGGGGUCGAGAGACAUCCCCCUGGAGUAUUAACUCAAGAGUUUAUCUGUAUUUAAGAGAUGAUGUAAUAUAUUACCUCCUUUCCCCUUGUUUUCGCUCCCCUCCCGUCCGGUCCCAAGUCCCCCCCAGCAGGAUCUGUGGCAUGGGGUCUCUCUCAUCGGGUGAAGACUGUGCACAGCAGGGCGGGAUGGUUUGGGGUGAGCCACAUUGGUCUUCCCUAGCUUUAAAAGUGCCUGUAUGUUUAAACUUGAAUCUUUAGCUACUUGAAAUGCAUAACAGCUUCUCUCCCCCCCCCUCUUCCUUUCCCCUCCAUAGGUUUAGGCCCCAGCCUCAGUGACAACUCACCCAAUCUUCCCUCUUUUAAAGGUCCUCUUCUCCCACCCACCCCGUCCUCUCUAUGCAGUCACCAUUUCUCUGUGACUCAGUGGUCACCAAAAGUCUGGGAGAUACAUGAAGAGAAGCCACAAUGCCUGGCUUGCUUUCGUCCUGCCCUCUUUGGUGCUAGGAGCACAAGAAAUGUGUGCAAAUGUGGGACCGUGGACUGAGGGAGCGGUUCCUUCCCCCUGUGUUUUUGUUUUUUAAUUUUAUUAGCGUGGUGGAAUUCAUGGUGACUGUUGUCCUUUGAGGCUGUUUGACAAUAAAAGAGAAAGC